AUAAUUUACCGACUCCCGCCUGCGACGGCAUCAAUAAUAUCAGCCAAAAUUUUUCUCGACUAGUUACCUCAAAAUGAUUCCUUUCUCCUUUAUAGUGAAUUUCAUAUUCCUCAAUAACUCAUCCAAGUCUCUUGAUACUUUGUUCAGAGGUGCUCAUUCCACAAGCACCAGUUAUUUCAAACUUCAACUUUGGACUGGCCGUAAUCAUGGCAAUAGAUGAAGUUCACAUCCUCUCAAGAUGUUUGGUGCAGCCUCCACACAAAGAUAGGAAGAAGGAACAACAAAUAAUCCACCUUACACCAUGGGAUCUCAAGUCAAUCUCCAUAGGUUACAUCCAAAAGGGUAUUCUCUUCUCCAAACCAUGCUCUUCUAAAUCUAUUAACUCUAUCGUUGACUCCCUCAAAUCUUCUUUCUCUUUAACACUCAAUCAUUUCUUCCCCCUUGCUGGUCGUCUCACUGUCACUGCACAUGAAAGCACACCACCAUCUUUCUCUGUAUGCAUCUCUUGCAAUGAUGAAGGUGCUGAAUUCAUCCAUGCCGUUGCCAAUGAAGUCACCAUCUCGGACAUUGUCAACUCUACCUCUGUGCCUCCUAUACUACAACUCUUCUUCCAUCUCAACGGAGCUGUGAACUUUGAAGGCCAAUCACUCCCACUCCUAUCCGCCCAAGUCACUGAACUAAAAGAUGGCGGCAUCUUCAUUGGCUGCUCUUUUAACCAUAUCGUUGCCGAUGGAUUCUCGUUUUGGCACUUCAUGAACUCAUGGUCUGAGAUUUCAAGAACCAGUUCUCAUUCAAUCACUCUUCCGCCAUCUCAUGAGCGUUGGUUCAUUGACUCUUGCACACCUCCCAUUCGUUUACCAUUUCAGCAACCUCAAGAUCUCAUCAAGAGUUAUAGUUCUCCACAACUUGAUGAGUGUGCCUUACAUUUCUCAGCUGAAGUGGUUGCAAAGCUGAAGGCAAAAGCCAACAAAGAGAUGCAAACCAAUAAGAUUUCAUCCCUUCAAGCCUUGUUAGCUCAUGUGUGGCGAAGUGUGACUAGAGCUCGUUGCCUCAAACCUGAUCAGCCAACAGGUUACUUUUUGGCCAUGGGCAACCGAUCAAGGUUGGAUCUACCUUUACCAUCAGCAUACAUGGGUAACUCUCUACAAAUAGCAGACGCGGUCAGAAUCUUAGCAGGAGAGCUGGUAGGAGGAAGCUUGGGAUGGGCUGCGAAUUUGCUUAAUGAAGCAGUGGCAUCUGUGACUCAUGAUAAAAUUAUAGAGUUUCUUGAUUCAUGGCCUAAGUGUCCCUCUUUUAAUGACAUUAGUCAGUUCGCUCCUUGUGAUUUGUUCACAGGAAGCUCCCCGAGGUUUGAUGUGUAUGGAAAUGACUUUGGCUGGGGAAAACCUAUUGCUGUUCGUAGUGGAGGUGCAAACAAGUUUGACGGGAAGAUUACUGUAUAUCCCGGGCCAGAGAAGGGAAGUAUUGCAUUAGAGAUUUGUCUCUUGCCACAUGUAUUGAAGCGUCUCAUGGAGGAUAGCGAGUUUAUGAAGAUGGUGAGUGCGCUAUAGUUUUGGAUUGAAGAAUUUUUUUAAGAAUUUUUUGUAUUAUUAUUAUUAUUAUUAGAAAAUUGGUUUUCUCUUCAUAUUGUUGGUUUUUCUUUCUUUUUCUCAAUAUAGAUGUUUGGAGAUUUUUAACGUAUGUGCCA